AUGUCUUUUGAUAUAUCCAGACUUCAAGAUCCUCCAAUGCCGUCUUAUUCUUUUAGUGUUUACCAUCUCGACAUCUUUGAAAAAUCAAAAUUCAAAGACUAUGAGUCUCUUCUUACUAAUCGUCUUGCUCAAGAUCAUGCUCGAGCUACAUACUUGGCAUCAAAGUUCAAAUACCGCGAUACUGAAAUAAAAAAAGAGACCGAUUUUCAAGAGAAAUACAUGCAUAAUUGGAGUAAAAUCCAUAACCAAGUCCUAAAGGUAGCACCUACUUCCUACUAUCAAAGUCAUUAUGUUGCCCUAUUUAUGCUUGGGAGUGAAAGAAUAAGAAAUUACUUACUAAUAGACACUGGAAGUUACUUAGUUUGGUGGCAAUGUGCACCUUGUGUUGCAGAUAAGUGUUUCAAACAAGUUUUUAAUACUAUAUACAAUCGUACCACGUCGAAAACUUUCAAAAGACUUUAUUGUGUUGAGGAUAGUUCAGUUUGUAUAUCUGGAGAUCCACAUUUUCAUUGUGCUUUAAGUAGCAGUUUAUGUUUUUAUGAGACAACAUAUGGAAGUGGACAAACAACAAAAGGUUUUAUGCAAUCCGAGGUUAUUACUUUUCCUUCAGACAAUACACAAGCUAGGAUUAAUUUUGGUUGUAGUAUUGACCAAAAAAGUGGUGCUCAAGAUUUCAGUGGUACAUUUUCUGGAAUUGCUGGACUUGGUCGAAGAAUUGUGAUUAACGAUAAAGUUGUUCCAGUGGAUCCUUCGUGGUGGAAUAAUGAUAAUCAAGGAGUUAUCGUCGAUACAGGGACACUGAUUACUCGUUUUCCUCAUGAUUUUUACAUUAUAUUUCGCGACGUUUUUAGACUUGAGGUUAAAGAUUAUGAAAUAGUUGAAGAUGGAGUUGGUCCAUUUGAUACAUGUUACAAAGAUGAUCCAUUUGGUGCUGAAUUAUAUUUCCCAGUUGUGAGGUUUUACUUUGGCAACUUUUCUCCAAGUCAAGAGCUGAUGUUAGUACAAGAACGAGCUGUAAUAGAAAAUGCAGGGUAUUAUUGCUUAGGUUUUUUUGGUUGGAAUCACAACUUUUCAAUUAUAGGCACCAAUCAACUUCAAGGGACAGGAUUAACUUUUGAUACUAAAAAUAAUGUUCUAACUUUCAGUGUAGAUGCUUGUGAUUGA